AUGACCCUCAAGGCACCCAAGAUCCCGAACAACACCGCCGCCUCUGCCACUGGGGGCGAGAACGGUAUGUUGACGGUCGACAUCCCCACAUCCUCUGCACCACCCACGGCCUCGAUCUCUGCAUCGGAGAACCGCACGAACUACCACAAUACCCUGUCGUCGACCCUCGCGAACCUGGAUCUGAAUUCGGAGCGGAAGUAUGACCUGCGGAACGAGGACCUGCGGGACAUGCAAGAGCUCGGGCAGGGCAACGGGGGCAGUGUGAAGAAAGUGGAGCACGUUCCGACUGGGACCAUUAUGGCCAAGAAGAUUGUCCUCAUCGACGCGAAGCCGUCCGUGCGGAAGCAAAUUCUGCGCGAGCUGCAGAUCAUGCAUGACUGCAAUUCUGGGUACAUUAUCUCCUUCUACGGCGCGUUCAUCUCCGAUCCGAACAUCUGCAUCUGCAUGGAGUUCAUGGACAAAGGCUCGCUGGAUGCGAUUUACAAGAAGAUUGGGGCCAUUGACAUUGACGUGGUGGCAAAGGUCGCGCUUGCCGUGCUGGAGGGCCUCACAUAUUUGUAUGAUGUGCAUCGCAUCAUCCACCGAGACAUCAAGCCAUCAAACAUCCUGUUCAACUCACAAGGGCAGAUCAAGAUUUGCGACUUCGGUGUGUCUGGAGAACUCAUCAACUCGAUUGCGGACACGUUCGUGGGGACGUCAACGUACAUGAGCCCUGAACGUAUCCAAGGCGCACAGUACACCGUCAAGUCCGACGUGUGGUCAUUGGGAAUUUCGCUCAUCGAGCUUGCUCUGGGCCGCUUUCCCUUCUCCGACUCUGACGGCGAUUCGGAUCUCUCUGACUUCGAGGGCACGCUUUCUCCUAGUCGGCCACUGCCGCCUAGGAGGACGCAGGAGGAGAAAGACAAGAAGAAGAAGCGCAAGAGCAAGGGUGUAAGCUUGCAGGGCGGGGGGAUGACGAUGAGCAUCUUGGAGCUGCUGCAGCAUAUCGUGAACGAACCUGCACCGCGGCUGACGCCGGAGGGACGGUUCCCGAAGGAGGCGGAAGACUUCGUCGAAAGUUGUCUGUUCAAGGAGCCUGAUAUAAGGAAGACGCCUAAAGAUCUCCUGAAACAUCCUUGGGUAGAAAAUGCACGAACGUCGACAUUUGACCUCGAGGCAUGGGCGUCGACGUUCUAA